AAGAAACCAGACAGCAGCCCUGCCCCUUGCGGGCUGGUGAAAUUGUUGUUACUGUGUGUGAUUAUAGUUCCAGGAAGCAUCACCCAUCCCCAUGUACAAGUGGUCACCUGGAGGCAGCAGCAAGGGCCCUUUCCAUUCAGGCACACAAGGGUGUUUUUCUUUUUGGCAGAGAGGAAGCACCAGUGGUGAGAGAGAGAGCCACAGGUUGUUAAAACAAAUAAAAAGCAAAGCACACCCUGGACAUUGGGCACUCACAUGAGAAUUCUGCUCACAGACCACCUGCCCUGCACAAAGAGAUUUGCAACUGCAAAGAAGAAUUAAACAAAGAAUUGUAAAGAGAGCAAUCAAGCACCUGAAAAACCCAGCUGUGUGCCAGCAGCACGUGUGCUUGGAGAUAAAUGAUGUGUACAUCUAUGUCAUGGAACACCUGUGUCUCACUUGCUGGGUAACAGUCUGCCAUCCACCAGACCCCUUGAGUGUGUGCUAAAGAGAAGGAGGCAGAAUCCCUGCCAAGAAAAGGGAAGUGUAGCCUGUAUUAAAAGCUUGGGACUCGUUCAUAACUACUGCUGGAGCUGCUGUGGAUCCCCAGAGGGCUGGGGACAGCAGGCUGUGGUGGCUGAUCGUACCUCAGCCAUGGGCAGCACCUCUCUGGAUCUCUAGGGAAGCCAUCCAGGAAAAAGCCUUGAGGUACCGUUAAGAACUGAUAAGGAUAAAUUAGCCCAAACUCUGGAGAAGAAACCAAUUUCUUCAGGAAUUUUCUUUUCCUCAUUAUGCCACUGAUGCCGAGCAUCACCUCCUUACCCAAGAGGGUCCUGAUGACAUCACAUCCUCCCCAAAGAGUGACACAGCCUCCCAAGCCAAGUGACAAAGAUCAUCUCAGCUCUGCUGCACCAGCCCCAAGCACAGACACCCCAGGAGAAGAUGGACACGUCUCCUGCCCUGCUCCUGCUGCUGGCUCUGGGAUUCUGCUGCCCUGGGAUUUUUGGCCAGUCACUUCAGAUAAAGGUCAGAUCUCCCAAGGACAUCAACCAGCUCCGGGUGGGACAGAAGCUGGAGCUGGAGUGUUGGGCUGACAAGGACAUUGGUGCAUUCUGGAUCCACCAGGACAAGAGUGGGAAACUUCACGCCAUCGUCUUCAUCAAUUCCAUUUCUCGAGUCACAUUUCAGGGGAAUCAGAAAUGGUCAUCUCGAUUUGAGGCGAGCAAACACAACACAGUCUAUUAUUUGACAGUGAAAUCUUUCACGCCGCGGGACCAGGGGAAAUAUUUCUGUGUGAUGAAUUUGAACCAAAUGCUGUACUUCAGCCCUGAAACAAGGAGGCUGCAGCUCCCUCUUGGCUCUUGGGAGACCCCAUCCCAACUUGAGAGUAGAAGGGCAGGAGAGAUCUGUUUUAUUGUAUGUCCCUACAUGCUGAAUUCAUCCAUUUCACUUACAGCCACCACUGUAGUGGCACCCACCACACCAGAACCCACCCCUAAGCACGGCAUAACUGAGGACCCCAACCUCAAUACUCUGGAUCCAGAGAGAAUACAGGAAGAUCUGAAUUUCUUCUGUCACAUCUUCAUCUGGGUACCCUUAGCAGGUGCCUGCCUCCUGCUCUUCAUUGCCCUGGUGAUCACCAUCGUGCUGUGUCAACGUAAGGUUCACCAAAACCCUCUCUAGAUGCCCCUCUGGCC